CUCUCCGGCCGUUCCGGUUCCCGCAUUCGACGACGACGGCACCUUCGUGGGCUACGAUCCUCGCCUAUCCGCUCACCUAUUCACUCAGUCCGAGUCGGCUAUGGACUCGGCUGCGGAUGACGACUCGUCGUUCUUCACUUCGGUGCCAGUUCAGUACAUUCUGCCUCCGCCGCCGAUCAGUGUCGCAGGAUCGAUAGCCGAUCCGAUUGGAUUCUCCGCAUUUUCUUUGGGAGCUAACGAGAGGUCGUUUGGAGAUGAAUUUGUGGCGUCGAGUGGGACUCUACUGCCGCCUCCGACGGAAAUGUCGGAGGGAGGUUUCGUUAGAGAAUGGACGAGACAAAAUGCUAUUAGAUUGGAGCUGAGGGACAAAACUGAGAAAGAGUUGCUAAGCCAAAUCAUUGAUGAAGCAAACGAGUACAAGGAUGAAUUUUACAAGAAGAGACUGGUCAGCUUGGAAACAAACAAGGGCAUUUUCCGUGAAAAAGAGAAAUUAUUUUUGUCCAGUCAUGAGAAGUUCUAUGCUGAAGCUGACAAGCAUUAUUGGGAGACAAUUGCUGAGCUAGUUCUGAAUGAAGUUCCAACGAUAGUAAAGAAGAACACUGAGAACCAACAGAGGAAGCAUUCCAUCGCUGUGAUCCAGGGGCCAAAGCCUGGAAAACCUGCUGAUUUGUCUAGGAUGCAGGAGAUACUUUUAAAGCUCAAGCAUAAUGCACCUCCACAUCUUGACCUUUCUCAGCCUCCAUCAACCACCACGGCCACCACUAAGGGUGGAAGAAAUGAGGCUGCUACACCCGGUGCAGCUGGGGUAAUCUCACCUCGCUCCGUUGCUGUUGCUUGAUUGAAAAGCUCAAAAGGAGCUCUCUCUUUCUCUUUUUUUCAGACUAAAUUUUUUUUGUAUUUCUUGGAUAUAUUUAGUAUUAUAAUAAAUUAAUAAUGGUACAAAA